AUGUCAUUAGGAAAUACUGUCCUUGCACUCUGUUGCAUGCUAUACCUCCUUUCUGGGGGAAGAUGGUCUAUAGUGAUAGCUGCUGGUACUUUAUCUUUGAUGUAUUCUAAGAACAAACAGUCUUCUCAAGUCAUUUCGAAAAGCAUUUCUGAAGACAAAGCAGUUGAUAAAGAAAGUAGUAAGCCUUCUCCGAUAUAUGCAGUUGACUUCACUUCGACUUCAUUUACUCCUGAAAGUACUACAAAUAUUCCUGAAAAUAAGUCCCGAAGCGUCAAGCCUAUUUCGUCAAUAAGAUCUAGAGGUAGAAGAUCACCCAAGAUUAUUAAAGCCAAUAAGCCGAUAACCAACAACAGCGAACCAGCUUUGACUAGAUCUACAGUAAAUUUACUUGACUCACAGAUAUAUAUCUUUUAUACCACCUUGACGGGAUCGUCUCAAAGAGUUGCCAAAGCUUUGUAUGAGAAACUUGAAAAUUUACCAAAUUUGAUUAAUAAGCCCAAAUUAUUAAGUCUUGAUGAUGAUGUUGACGAUCUUGAAGAGUAUUUCUUAAAGACACCUGAAUCAGAGAAGAAUAAGAGUAUAUAUCUUUUAGUUUUACCUUCGUAUGAAACAGAUUCACCUAUUGACUAUUUCUUGGAGCACUUGAAAGAAACCUACCAAGAUUUCAGAGUGGAUAAAUAUCCUAUGAGAUCACUUUUGGGAUUUGCCGUUUUAGGAUUGGGGGAUUCGGAAUCAUGGGCAGGUGAUAAAUUCUGUUACCAAGCAAAAUUAGCCGACAGAUGGAUGGGUAAAUUAGGUGGAAGAAGAUUGUAUCCUGUUGGGGAGGUUUGUAUGAAAUAUGACGGUGAACCUAAGACGAACACUUGGAUUCAAAAUUUUGCAUCUUUGUUAGCAGAUGAUGAACCAUUUUAUCUUGAUGCUAAUGAUGAAAUUGACGAUAGUGAUUAUGAAAAUGAUGAUGAUGACGAAGACUCAAACACUUUAGUUGAUGUGGAAGAUAUGGGUGAUAUUAUUAAAAAACAAGGCACAAAGGGCUUAUCCAGUCAAACAGAAGUAAAACAAAUGGUCGCCAAGGAUUCCCCAACUUACAAAUCUUUGACGAAACAGGGUUAUACUAUUGUUGGAUCACACUCAGGAGUAAAAAUAUGUAGAUGGACUAAGAGUGCCUUGAGAGGAAGAGGUUCUUGCUACAAAUUUGCAUUUUAUGGUAUCAAAUCACAUUUGUGUAUGGAAACUACACCAUCUUUGGCUUGUUCGAAUAAGUGUGUAUUUUGCUGGCGUCAUGGUACUAAUCCGGUAGCAAAGCUGAACUGGCGUUGGGAAUUAGACCCUCCAGAAAAAGUCAUGGAAGGAGCAUUACAAGGUCAUUACCAAAAAAUUAAACAAAUGAGAGGUGUUCCAGGAAUUCAAAUGGAUAGGUUUGAUGAGGCUUUUAAAGUUAAACAUUGUGCAUUAUCAUUAGUCGGAGAACCUAUUUUCUACCCUUAUAUUAAUGAAUUUGUUGGCAUGUUACACGAACAACAAAUUUCAUCAUUUUUAGUCUGCAAUGCUCAACAUCCAGACCAACUUGCAAAAUUGAAUAGAGUUACCCAAUUAUAUGUUAGUAUUGAUGCACCUACAAAGACAGACUUAAAGAAGGUCGAUCGUCCGUUGAACAGCGAUUUCUGGGAUAGGUUGAUGUCAUGCUUAGACAUUUUGCGUACCACUCAAUCUCAUCAACGUACCGUCUUCAGAUUGACUUUAGUUAAAGGUUUCAAUAUGAAUGAUAUCUCGAGUUAUGCUGAUAUGGUUAUAAGGGCCCAGCCUUCUCAAAUUGAAAUUAAGGGUGCUACUUUCUGUGGAUCUUCAAAUAGUAAUGGUAACCCAUUAACUAUGCAAAACAUUCCAUUCUACGAAGAAUGCAAGCAAUUUGUUAUCAGUUUAUCAGAAGACUUAAAAUCAAGAGGAUAUGAUUAUGAAAUAGCUGCAGAGCAUGCACAUUCAUGCUGUAUCUUAAUGGCCCACAAAAGGUUCUACCGUAACGGAAAAUGGCACACUCAUAUUGACUACCCUAGGUUUUUUGAAUUAUUAGAAAGCGGGGAGGAAUUCAAUGAUGUUGAUUACAUCAAGGAGACCCCUGAAUGGGCAGUAUGGGGUUCUGAAGAAGCUGGGUUUAAUCCAGUCGACACGAAGUUUGACAGAAAAGCGGAAAAGAUGAAAAAUAGGUUGGAAAGAGAAGAAAAAGCUAAGAGGGUGCUUGAACAACAAAAAGUUCAUUAA